UCGAAUGGUGUCGCUUUAUGUAAACCAUUAUCGUGUAUUAACGUUAACACCGAUUUUACUUUUAAGAAUGUGAAAACUACUCUGAAUGGAAAAAUAAACUACGACAAGAAUUUGCUUUCCGCGUAAAUCGUAAACAUAUUGUAAAAAAAUGAUUGGACAUCCGUAUGUGAUGGGCAUGCUGGCUCAGCAGCAAGCUUUCGCUGCUGCUCAAAUGGCUCAUGCCCAAGCCCAGGCACAAAUGCAACAACAACAAAUGCAGCAGCAGCAACAACAACUAUUGAAGCAACCUGAAGUGUUAUCGGAAGAAAAACUUCAAGAGAAGGCGAGAAAAUGGCAGCAAUUGCAAAGUAAAAGAUAUGCAGAAAAGCGCAAAUUCGGUUUUGUUGAUGCGCAGAAAGAAGAAAUGCCCCCAGAACAUAUAAGAAAAAUAAUCCGUGAUCAUGGCGAUAUGAGCAGUCGAAAAUAUCGUCAUGAUAAACGAGUAUAUCUUGGAGCCCUUAAAUAUAUGCCACAUGCUGUCCUGAAAUUGAUGGAAAAUAUGCCAAUGCCAUGGGAACAGAUCAGAGAUGUUAAAGUGCUCUAUCACAUCACUGGAGCAAUUACAUUUGUAAAUGAAAUACCUUGGGUAAUUGAACCUGUGUAUAUUGCUCAAUGGGGCACUAUGUGGAUUAUGAUGAGAAGAGAAAAGCGUGAUCGUCGACAUUUCAAACGUAUGCGAUUCCCUCCAUUUGAUGAUGAAGAGCCUCCUUUGGAUUAUGCUGAUAACAUAUUGGAUGUUGAACCUUUAGAAGCUAUUCAGAUGGUGCUGGAUCCUGAGGAAGAUAAAGAAGUAUGUAAAUGGUUAUAUGAUCAUAAGCCUUUGUUAGAUACAAAGCAUGUAAAUGGAACUACCUAUCGCAAAUGGAAUCUUACAUUGCCACAGAUGGCUACUCUGUAUCGUCUGGCUAAUCAGUUACUGACAGAUUUAGUUGAUGACAAUUAUUUUUAUCUGUUUGAUUUGAAAUCAUUUUUCACAGCUAAAGCCUUAAACAUGUCUAUUCCUGGUGGACCAAAAUUUGAGCCUCUAAUCAAGGAUGCCAAUCCUGCUGAUGAAGAUUGGAAUGAAUUUAAUGAUAUCAACAAAAUUAUUAUUCGUCAGCCCAUACGUACAGAAUAUCGCAUUGCAUUUCCAUAUUUGUAUAACAAUUUGCCACAUUAUGUUCACUUAUCGUGGUAUCAUACUCCAAAUGUUGUGUUUAUCAAAACGGAAGAUCCUGACUUGCCAGCAUUCUAUUUUGAUCCAUUGAUCAAUCCAAUAUCUCAUCGUCAUCAAGUGAAAGGAUCUAAAUCCUUACCAGAUGAUGAUGAAGAAUUUGAGCUCCCUGAAUAUGUUCAGCCAUUUCUACAAGAUUGUCCUUUAUACACUGAUGAUACUGCAAAUGGUAUUGCUCUGCUUUGGGCUCCACGACCCUUUAAUUUGCGAUCAGGAAGAACAAGAAGAGCUAUUGAUGUUCCACUUGUUAAAUCAUGGUAUCGAGAACACUGUCCACCUGCUAUGCCUGUUAAAGUUAGAGUUUCUUACCAAAAAUUGCUAAAGUAUUACGUCUUGAAUGCUCUAAAACAUCGACCACCAAAACCUCAAAAGAAAAGAUAUUUGUUUAGAUCAUUCAAAUCUACUAAAUUCUUCCAAACUACUACACUGGAUUGGGUUGAAGUUGGACUUCAUGUGUGCCGUCAAGGAUACAACAUGUUGAAUUUACUUAUCCAUCGUAAGAAUUUGAACUAUUUGCACUUAGAUUACAAUUUCAAUUUAAAACCUGUUAAAACUUUGACUACUAAAGAAAGGAAAAAAUCUAGAUUUGGAAAUGCUUUCCAUUUGUGCAGAGAAAUUCUUCGACUUACAAAGCUUGUAGUUGACAGUCAUGUACAGUAUCGAUUGAAUAAUGUUGAUGCAUUCCAGUUAGCAGAUGGUUUACAAUACAUAUUUGCUCAUGUUGGUCAGUUGACUGGCAUGUACAGAUACAAAUACAAGCUGAUGAGACAAAUCCGAAUGUGUAAGGAUCUAAAGCAUUUGAUAUACUAUCGAUUUAAUACUGGACCAAUUGGUAAAGGACCUGGCUGUGGCUUUUGGGCACCUGGUUGGAGAGUAUGGCUGUUUUUCAUGCGAGGUGUAACACCACUUUUAGAGCGAUGGCUAGGAAAUCUUUUGUCUCGCCAGUUUGAAGGUAGACAUUCUAAAGGUGUUGCAAAAACUGUUACAAAACAAAGAGUUGAAAGCCAUUUUGAUCUUGAAUUGAGAGCAUCUGUCAUGCAUGAUAUCUUGGACAUGAUGCCUGAAGGAAUGAAGCAAAACAAAGCUAGGACCAUCUUGCAACACUUAAGUGAAGCUUGGCGGUGCUGGAAAGCUAAUAUUCCAUGGAAGGUACCUGGUUUGCCUACUCCUAUUGAAAAUAUGAUCUUGAGAUAUGUAAAAAUGAAAGCAGAUUGGUGGACUAAUACUGCUCAUUACAAUCGUGAACGUAUCAGGAGAGGUGCAACUGUUGAUAAAACUGUUUGCAAAAAGAAUCUUGGUCGUUUAACACGUCUGUACUUGAAGGCUGAACAAGAACGACAGCACAACUAUUUGAAAGAUGGUCCUUAUAUUAGCGCUGAGGAAGCGGUUGCUAUUUAUACUACCACUGUGCAUUGGCUUGAAAGUAGGAGAUUUUCUCCUAUACCAUUUCCUCCACUUUCAUAUAAACAUGAUACCAAGCUAUUAAUUCUUGCUUUGGAGCGCCUGAAAGAAGCAUACAGUGUGAAAAGCAGAUUGAAUCAAUCUCAACGUGAAGAACUUGGCUUGAUUGAGCAGGCAUAUGAUAAUCCUCAUGAAGCAUUGUCUCGUAUUAAACGUCAUCUUCUCACUCACAGGCAAUUUAAGGAAGUUGGAAUUGAAUUCAUGGAUUUAUACAGUCACUUAAUUCCUGUGUAUGAUGUAGAACCAUUGGAAAAAAUCACUGAUGCAUACUUAGACCAAUAUCUUUGGUAUGAGGCUGACAAGAGACGUUUGUUCCCCCCAUGGAUCAAGCCUGCAGAUUCUGAACCACCUCCACUACUUGUCUACAAAUGGUGUCAAGGCAUUAACAACUUGCAAGAUGUUUGGGAUACAUCAGAAGGAGAAUGUUGUGUAAUGUUAGAAUCUCGAUAUGAAAAAAUGUAUGAAAAAAUUGACUUGACUCUUCUGAAUAGAUUAUUGAAACUUAUUGUUGAUCAUAAUAUUGCUGAUUACAUGACAGCCAAAAGUAACGUUGUUAUUAACUACAAAGACAUGAAUCAUAUCAAUUCCUAUGGUAUCAUAAGAGGUCUUCAAUUUGCAUCAUUCAUAGUACAGUAUUACGGACUUGUUCUAGAUCUUCUAGUUCUUGGUCUUCAGAGGGCCAGUGAAAUGGCUGGACCACCACAGAUGCCUAAUGAUUUUUUGACUUACAAGGAUGUUGCCACAGAGACUGCUCAUCCAAUCCGUCUAUAUUCCAGAUACAUUGAACGCAUGCAUAUUUUCUUCCGUUUCACUGCUGAAGAAGCAAGAGAUCUAAUUCAGAGAUAUUUGACACAACAUCCUGAUCCAAACAAUGAGAAUAUUGUGGGAUAUAAUAAUAAAAAAUGCUGGCCGAGAGAUGCACGCAUGAGACUAAUGAAACAUGAUGUAAACCUUGGUCGUGCUGUUUUCUGGGAUAUUAAGAACAGGUUACCUCGCUCAGUCACAACUGUUCAGUGGGAAAGCAGCUUUGUUUCUGUAUACAGUAAAGAUAAUCCCAAUCUGUUAUUUAAUAUGAGUGGUUUUGAAUGCAGAAUUCUCCCAAAAUGUCGAAUGACUCAUGAAGAAUUUACUCAUAAAGAUGGAGUAUGGAAUUUGCAAAAUGAAGUGACAAAAGAAAGGACUGCUCAAUGCUUCCUAAGAGUUGAUGAUGAAUCCAUGCAACGUUUCCAUAAUAGAGUGAGACAGAUUUUAAUGGCUUCAGGAUCUACAACAUUUACAAAAAUUGUCAAUAAGUGGAACACUGCAUUGAUUGGACUGAUGACUUACUUCAGAGAAGCUGUUGUUAAUACACAAGAGUUAUUAGACCUGCUUGUGAAAUGCGAAAACAAAAUUCAAACACGUAUUAAAAUUGGAUUAAAUUCCAAAAUGCCUAGUCGAUUUCCUCCUGUUGUCUUUUAUACACCUAAAGAAUUAGGUGGUUUAGGAAUGUUAUCUAUGGGACAUGUUUUGAUCCCCCAGUCUGAUCUUAGAUGGUCAAAGCAGACAGAUGUAGGAAUAACACACUUUCGAUCAGGUAUGAGUCAUGAUGAAGAUCAAGUUAUACCAAAUUUGUACCGUUAUAUUCAGCCUUGGGAAAGUGAAUUCAUUGAUUCACAGAGAGUCUGGGCUGAAUAUGCCCUUAAAAGACAAGAAGCUUUGUCACAAAAUCGACGUUUGACUCUAGAAGAUCUUGAAGAUAGCUGGGAUCGUGGCAUUCCUAGAAUUAAUACAUUAUUCCAGAAGGACAGACAUACACUUGCUUAUGAUAAAGGCUGGAGAGUACGUACAGACUUUAAACAAUACCAAGUAUUAAAGCAGAACCCAUUCUGGUGGACCCAUCAAAGACAUGAUGGUAAACUGUGGAACCUAAAUAAUUAUCGUACUGAUAUGAUCCAAGCUUUAGGAGGUGUAGAAGGCAUAUUAGAACAUACCCUCUUCAAAGGCACAUACUUCCCAACUUGGGAAGGUUUGUUUUGGGAGAAAGCUAGUGGUUUUGAAGAAUCUAUGAAAUACAAGAAACUAACAAAUGCCCAGCGCUCAGGUUUGAAUCAGAUUCCAAAUCGUCGGUUCACUUUAUGGUGGUCCCCUACAAUUAAUAGGGCCAAUGUCUAUGUAGGAUUUCAAGUGCAGCUCGAUUUGACUGGAAUAUUUAUGCAUGGCAAAAUUCCAACUUUGAAGAUCUCUCUUAUUCAAAUAUUCAGAGCUCAUUUGUGGCAAAAGAUCCAUGAAAGCAUUGUUAUGGAUUUAUGUCAAGUUUUUGAUCAAGAAUUGGAUGCUUUGGAAAUUGAAACAGUGCAGAAAGAAACUAUUCAUCCUAGAAAAUCAUACAAAAUGAAUAGUUCAUGUGCCGACAUUUUGCUCUUUGCAGCAUAUAAAUGGAGUUGUUCUAGACCUUCUUUGUUAGCAGACUCAAAGGAUACCAUGGAUGUAACAAGCACCCAAAAAUACUGGAUUGAUGUACAGCUAAGAUGGGGAGAUUAUGAUUCUCAUGAUAUUGAGCGCUAUGCUAGAGCUAAGUUCUUAGAUUAUACUACUGACAACAUGAGCAUUUAUCCAUCUCCCACUGGUGUAUUAAUAGCUAUUGAUUUGGCUUAUAAUUUGCACAGUGCUUAUGGUAAUUGGUUCCCUGGUGCCAAACCAUUGAUUCAACAAGCUAUGGCCAAGAUAAUGAAAGCAAAUCCUGCUUUAUAUGUAUUGCGAGAGAGAAUCCGAAAAGGUCUGCAGUUAUAUUCUUCUGAACCUACUGAGCCUUAUUUGUCAUCUCAGAAUUACGGUGAACUGUUUUCUAAUCAGAUUAUUUGGUUUGUUGAUGAUACAAAUGUAUAUCGAGUAACCAUUCACAAAACCUUUGAAGGUAACUUGACCACUAAACCUAUCAAUGGUGCAAUUUUUAUUUUCAAUCCCCGUACUGGUCAGUUAUUCUUGAAAAUUAUUCAUACUUCUGUCUGGGCUGGACAAAAACGUUUAGGUCAGUUGGCCAAAUGGAAAACUGCUGAAGAAGUUGCUGCAUUGAUCCGUUCAUUACCUGUUGAAGAACAACCUAAACAGAUUAUUGUCACUCGAAAAGGUAUGUUAGAUCCUCUUGAAGUACAUUUAUUGGAUUUCCCUAAUAUUGUUAUUAAAGGCAGUGAGCUGCAAUUGCCUUUCCAAGCUUGCCUGAAAGUUGAAAAAUUUGGUGAUCUAAUUUUAAAAGCGACUGAGCCACAGAUGGUUCUCUUCAACUUAUAUGAUGAUUGGCUGAAAACCAUUUCUUCUUAUACUGCCUUUUCAAGGCUUAUUUUGAUUUUAAGGGCUCUUCAUGUGAAUAAUGAGCGUACAAAAGUUAUUCUGAAACCUGAUAAAACAACCGUAACAGAAUUGCAUCAUAUUUGGCCUUCUUUAUCAGAUGAGGAAUGGAUUAAAGUGGAAGUUCAGUUAAAAGAUCUUAUUCUUGCUGAUUAUGGUAAAAAGAAUAAUGUUAAUGUUGCUUCAUUAACGCAGUCUGAAAUUAGAGAUAUUAUUCUUGGCAUGGAAAUAUCUGCUCCAUCUGCCCAACGACAGCAGAUUGCUGAAAUUGAAAAGCAAACAAAAGAACAAACUCAGUUGACUGCUACAACAACCCGAACUAUCAACAAGCAUGGAGAUGAAAUUAUUACAUCAACAACCAGUAAUUAUGAAAAAGAUACCUUUGCUUCAAAGACUGAGUGGCGUGUACGUGCCAUUUCAGCUACUAAUCUCUACCUUCGUACUAAUCACAUUUAUGUUUCUUCUGAUGAUAUCAAAGAAACUGGCUACACCUAUAUUUUGCCUAAGAAUAUUCUAAAGAAAUUUAUCAUUAUAUCUGAUUUGAGAACACAAAUUGCUGGUUAUCUAUAUGGUGUAAGUCCCUCUGACCAACCUCAAGUAAAAGAAAUUAGAUGCAUUGUCAUGGCUCCUCAAUGGGGUACACAUCAAAUGGUUCACUUGCCUAGCAUUUUACCUACCCAUGAAUAUCUGUCAGAAAUGGAACCUCUUGGAUGGAUACAUACACAGCCAAAUGAAUUGCCCCAGCUGUCUCCUCAAGAUGUCACUACACAUGCAAAUAUCAUGAAUGAUAAUCCCUCUUGGGAUGGUGAAAAAACUAUUGUUAUAACUUGCAGUUUUACACCUGGAUCUUGCUCAUUGAAUGCUUACAAGCUGACUCCUGGUGGUUAUGAUUGGGGACGUCAAAACACAGAUAGAGGAAAUAAUCCCAAAGGUUAUUUACCAUCUCACUAUGAAAGAGCACAGAUGCUUUUAACUCAUCGUUUCCUGGGAUUCUUCAUGGUUCCUGCCCAAGGCUCAUGGAAUUACAACUUCAUGGGUGUGAGACACGAUGCCAAUAUGAAGUAUGAUUUACAGUUGGCCAAUCCUAAAGAAUUCUACCAUGAACUUCAUCGACCAUCUCAUUUCUUGAAUUUUAGCAACAUUGAGGACAGUGAGGGUGUAGGAGCUGACAGAGAAGAUCACUUUACUUAGUCAUUGAUAAAUGUCACUUUUGUUGAAGUUUGUCUUCUUUCAUUUUUUUAAAAUAUCAGUUAUAUCAAUUAAGAAAAUUUCAGGCUUUUUUUUUUUUAAUAAUGAACCAUUCUUUGUAUUCAUGUAUGUUCUCUGUAAACAUGUACAUGUUUUAUCAUUCUUUAAAAAUGAUAUUGGAUGUUUUUCUUUUUAAUUUCAAUAUUCACUAUAUUAAUUUUUCUUAUUAUUACCCACUUUUAUUGUUUCAUGUAUAGUUGCAUUGUCAAUAAAGGAUUUUCAUAUA